AUGCCUUUGGAUCCUCUUUAUUAAGUGCUACAUACCUAAAUUUAUUUUAAUGAUGAUAAUUUAACCUGGAAAAAUGGCUUUAGUUAUGGUAUUUGGUCAAAAUAUAACCCUCUUAGUAUUACAUCCCAAGUAGGUCCUGUUGGAUUAUAAGAAAGUAAUUGCUUUUAGCUUCAUAAUGCAGUAUAAAUAGAUAAUCAGAGUUUGAAUUUAAUAUAUUACGAUUGUUUGGAUUAUGAGUCUAAAACAAUUUCGAAAACACUCUAGUUCAUUAAUAAUAAAAAUGAAUAGCAUAAAAUUCAGACUUAAUUAGAAAUUUUCAAUUAUGAGGAUGUGUGGUAUUUUUUAGGAAUCUCUGGAACUCCUAAACUAAAUUAAUUAGAAAUAAUUCUUUUCUCUCUAAUAGAAGUCUUGCAUUCUGACAUACUCUCAAUGUCUUACCCUUAUUAAGAUUAAGAAAUAUAAUUAACUUUUGGAGGUAGCUUGAUUGUACUUGAUUCUAAAAUAGAAUCUAUCUAAUAUGGUACUAAAUUUUCUUAUUUUCCUGGAUCAAUUGUUUUGCGAAAAUUUCAAAUUGAAGGCAUGUCGCCAGGCUUGGGUCUGGUUGAAUCAGCAAAAAUAGUAUUAGGAAAAAAUACAUAUUGUUAAUGCACAGAAAACAACAAAAAUAAAAUAACUGAUUCUGAUCUCAAUUAUCUUGAUUAUGGAACUUAUAUUUCAGAAAAUCUGAAUUGUGAUUCUUUUUUUUUAUCAGGAUGGAUUAGAAUUCAAGAAAUUAUAAAUUAGGAUGAUGAUUUUUAAUAUUAAUUUAUUAAGUUAGGUUUGAAUUAUGAGAACUAAAAGUUUUCUAACUUAAAUCUGUCUCCCUUCACUUUACCUUAUAAGAUAUCAUCAGUAGCAAAGAAAAUAAUUAUAACCACAUAUAGUUAUAAAUUUCCUAUUGUUACAUUAGACUUUUUAGAUGAUCCUUUUCUUAUUGUCACAGAAUUUGAUGUUAUAAAUGAUCUCACCUUAUGGCACAACUUUUAAAUACAAGUAAAGGAGAAUUAAAUGAAUAUUUAAAUAAAAUUUCUUGAAAAAUAAAAUGUUUAUGAAUUUCAAGAAUCUUUUAAUGUGAUAUAAUUUAAAUAGAAUUAGUUUAAGCUUCUAUAUGGUAAUUGUUAGUAGCUCGAUACAAAUUUUUUGAAAGUUUAAAUUAGAGAUGUUACUUUUACAAUUUGUGAAGAUUUAUUCACUCAAUAAAUAUGCCACCCAAGUUGCCAAGAUUGUGAUGGGCCAACAAAUCGAGAUUACCUAUCUUGUCCAAUUGAUUCAAAUAGAUCAUAUUUAAAUGAACGAAAGGCUUGUAUUUGUCCGAUUAACACAAUUGAUUUUGGAAUUUGCCAUUCCUAUCAGGAUUCAAAAUUAAUCAUUGUUUAAUAAUUUUAAUAAUCAGAUUAAUGUAAAUAUGGCUAUUUUAAGUAUGAUCAAGAAUGUUGUAAAUGGUAAUAAAAAUGUAUAUAUUUAGCCCAUCGAUUAUUCGUGAACACUUGCUAACAUGUUUGGAGUGUCUCAGAAAUCCUGAGGAAUGGAGUAAAGACCCACAAUGCAAAACCGACAUAUAUAUAAAUCCCAAUGGAGAUAUUGAGAAAUCAUACUAUGACGAAUCUAAUAAUAAUUUUGUUUUCGAAGGAAUUAAUAUAUAGUAUUGCUACUCCUGCUAAAAUAAAGGAAUUGAUAGUAUUGAGAACAUUUUUACAGACUUUUCAAUAAUAAUUGAGGAAUUCAAAAAUUUAUGUUUUAAUGAGUAGCCUAACUGUUAUUCAUGCCAAUUAUUUGCUUGCUAAUAAUGUUACGUUUCAGAAUCAGGUUUAAAAUGCUCAAGGUGUACUUAUUAGGCUGUUUUAACUGAUGGAUUUUGUACUUAUGUUAACUCCGAUAUUAGAAAUACCUGUGUUUCGCCUUAUUAUAUUUCUUCAACUUUUGAAUGUAAGUAUUGUCCGAUAGAAAAUUGCAAAUAUUGUUUUGAGUUUCAAAAAAAUGAAUCUUUAAUCAGAUGCACCUUAUAUAAGGAUUUUGAAGAAUUUAUUAAUGAUGAAAUAAUUUAAAUUGGUUGUGCUUUAUGCGAAGAAAACUACAUUUUUGAUUUCAAUUAGGGAUUGUGUCUAUACCAAAAGCCUUAAAUAAUAAAUUGUUUAAGAUCUUACAUAAAUUUUUAAGGUUAGGCAGUUUGCACAUUAUCUUCUUUUUCGGACUUCUCGAUUUCACCUGAAAUUAUAAAUUGUUAAAAAUACUAAAUGAAUUGCCAGUAGUGUCUCUUAACUCCAGAUGAAAAAAUUCAAUGUAUUAUCUGUGAACCUGGUUACAAGAAUUCAAUUCAAACAGGAACAUGUUUUUAACAUAAAAUAGAUAAUGCAAUCAUUGUUAUGGAAGGAGACUUUUAUGAAAAUAAUGCAUGGUCAUGGUUUAUCUAGAGUUUUAUGAUGAGAUUUUUGCCAAACAAUUAUUAUUAUCCACUAAGAACUACAUAAACUUCAGCAAUUGUUGCUAUGCCUACUAAAUGUACCUAAGGAUAUGACCUAUCAAUUUAUUCUUAAUGUGUAAAAUAAUGCAGCUAAGAUUGUUAAAAACGUGAAAAAUCUUAUGAAAACUUUAUUUGUUAAAAAUGCCCUCCAAAUUAUUUUAAUAUUCCAAUUAGAAAAUAAGAGGAUGGUUAAUGUAUUACUUGUCCUUAAUUAUGCGAGGUUUGUAGAAAUCGUGAAUAGAGCGAAAUUAAAGUAUUUCUUUAGUCUAUAAUAGAAAUUGUAACCAAGCUUUCAAUUGUCUGAAAAUAAUAAAAUAUAUACUAUGAUUUGCCUUAAGCCAAUAAAGGAUAUAAAUGUAGUAAUAGAUUCCUAUACAUAAAUUGCAAAGUAUUGCUUUUUUGAUGAUUGCUAAACACAUUUCUCAUUAAUAUUUACUUCUGAUGAUAUCUUUGAGUCUUGUGAAAAUUAAGUGGGAGAUAUAUUUACUCAUUAUGAAGAUAGUAGUAUCAAUAUAGAAUAUUGCAAUUCAGUUGGUGUUGAUUAAAUUACAAUUGACUAUACUUUUUAUAAUGAAUUUACUGAAGAGAUUUGCUAUUUGUUUUGCCCUCUCAUUUAUUGGACAAAUUUGAAAACUAAAAUUUUUGCACUUAAUAGCACGAAUUUAAAAAUAAAUUCCAAGUCCUCUUGUCUCAUUAAUUUAAGUUCCUCAAGUUUAAUUUAAAAUUUUGAUUAAGUUGAGAUUCAUGCGAUGGGAUUUAUAAAUGUUCAGCCUUUAUUUUAGAGAACCACAAAAAUAAGAUAGGUUUAAAACUACAUGAAGUCUUACUUUAAGAUAGCGUAAUCAGAAACAAUACUAUUUUUUUAUCUGAGUUUUUUAGCAAUAUUACGGUGAAAGGAUUAAGGCUUAAGAGGUUGACUUUAGAAAACUCUUAACUUUUUAAUCUAGAAUAUUCAAAAUUCGAAGGUUAUAUUGAAAUAGAGACAUUAUUAAUAGAAAAUUGUAUUCUCAAUAACUCAAACCUAUUCAAUUUUGCAAAUAACAAAUUUAUUAUCUUAAUUCAAAAGGUAACCAUUAAUUAAUGUUAAAUUUAUAAUUCAUCAUUUUUUUAAUUUGUAUCAAACAAUUCAAAGUUUAUAAAUUUUGUUUAUCUAACAAAUGUUACUAUCACUAACUCUAAUUUUGUUAACUCUUAUCUAAUUAACAGUGACAAUUAUUUCAACUUAAAUUUAUAAAAUUUAGAAUUUAACAUGAACGAUGUAAGAUUUUCAACAGUAAUUUUCUUUGAUUUUAAUUUAGAAUUGUCCAAUGUCUAAACUAAUUAGAAUACAUUUAUUUAAUCUUAAUUUAUAAAAAUUAAAAAUGCUUUAAGUUAGGAUAAAUUAUUUUGUAUAAUAAAUAAUUAUUAGGCUCGAGAAAAUAUUCUUUAGGAUGCUAUAUUAUUUUUAAUAUUUUCAAGUUUGACAAAGAACACAAUUGUAUUUUAGAUAUCUGAUAUUUAUAUAUCAGAAUUAGAUAGAGCAGAUAAAACUAAUACUUAACUUCAAUUAUUUAAGAUUCAUAGUACUAAAUUUUAUUUACAGAAUGCUGUUAUCCAAAAUACAAGAAAUUGUCUUGUUUUUUAUAUCAUUGAAAAUGAAGAAGUUUUUAUGAAGAAUGUUACAUUUCAAUCAACCUAAUCUACAUAAAGGGUUCCACUUAACCUGAAAUGCUGGGAAGCUUUAGAUUUCAAAAAUGCCUAAUUUUUAUAACUAUUAGGGUUUUCAAAAUUAAUCUUAAAAGAUGUUGAUAUAAAUAAUCAAUUCAGCUCCAUUUAUUCUUAGAUAUAGGUUAACUUUGGGAGAUAAUUUUUCAAUUAUUCUUUUGGUAGAGUGGAACUCUCAAAUAUUAGAUUUGAAAAAAAUAUCUUAAUUUAAAAGGAGAAGGCUGACUUAUUUUCUUUAUUGGCGAUAUAUUCAUAUGACGAAUUAUUGAUUUUUAUUGAUAAAAUAUAAUUUAAGAGCAACUUUUUACAUUAGUUUAUUGAUAACCCUUUAGAAACACAGGCUGGAUUAAUUUAUAUAUAAUCAUUAUUAAGUAAUGUGGAAAUACAUAGUUUGUUUUGUGAAUUAAAUGCUGUAACAAAUUCAUCAAACUCCUUUAUUACUAUAAAUUCAUAUUCAAUUUAAAUCACUAAUUAUUAGGUAUUUAAUCAUAAUAUACUGCCUUAAGAACUAUGGGAAAGUUAUUUUGGUAUUAAAUUCAAUUAGGAUCUUGAUUAAGAAGAUAUCAAUUUAGCAGUGCAAAACUCCUUCAAAAUACUAAAUAAAGGAGGAGCAGGAUAAAUAAUUGCUUCAAUAUUUUCAUGUACAAAUUGCUAUUUUCAAAAUAUCCUUGCUUUUCAAAGUGCAAUUUUUGAAAUUCAAACCUAAAAUCAAGGAGAUAUAGUAUUAAAUAAUAUAGCUGCAUAUAAUAUUGAAACUAAUCUACACUCAAUAAGCAGCACUGGUUGCAUAGCAGUAUAUUCACAAAAUAGUAUUUUAAAUUUAAAAAUAGUAUAAGGAAAGUUUGAAAACAUCUUAAAUAGGAUGUCUUCAACAAUCCUUACUGUAUAAACAUCAGUUCAAGGAAAUAAAAUUAAUUUGGGUGAUAUCUAAAUUAUAAAUUGCAUCUCUUUGAUGAAUCAAUUUUUUAGCAUUUAAUUUAACACUUUAAGCUAACAAUCAAACAUUGUGAAUGUAUAAAAUUUUAAGGCAAUUUAAAAAUAAGAAUUCUUGAUUAAAUAUUUUGGCAAAAUUGGAAUUAUAUCUUAAUCUGAAAUAUCAAAUAUAAUUGGUAAUACAAAUGCUGUAAUUGCAAUUGAUGGAGGGAGCAUCUAAAUAAGAAAAUUUCUUAUAGAGGGAAUCUUUUUAUCCCCAAUUCUUAAAUUUAAUAAUCUUGUUAAGUUGAAAAUGAAAGAAUGUUGGUUCUCAUAAACCUAGACCGCUUAUCCGUUCAAUCUGAUAUCAAUAAGCCAAACAGAGAAGAUUAAAUCCAUCAUUUAUUUAGAUAGGGUUUAAAUUAUAAAAAAUUCAGCCUACUCAGUAAAUUCCAGUGUUGUCUAUUUUUAGAAAUAUAUUGAUUCUAGUAACCAAGGAUGUGUUUUAGAGAACAAUUUAAUUAAUCAAGAAGAUAAGAUAUAUUUAAAUGAUUUUAUCGAAAGUGUAAUAGAAUUAGCUUAAAAAUCUAGCUCUUUAAUGCAGAUUUCGAUGAAUUCAAUCGAACAUUCAUUAAUAUUGUCUAAGGUGGAUAUUCAAGAUAAUAUUUGUAAAUACUGUUAUAAGGGCAUUAUUUAUUUAUAAAUAGAAAAUUGUAAUCUAUUAAAGAUUUAAGACUUAAAUUGUGGUUUCAAUAUAAUAAAUGAAUAUGGCUGCUUAAAUAUCGCUGUAAAUUCUUAGUUGUAUCCUAAAAUUUAAAUUAAGGAUUCAAAUUUUAUCAAAAAUAAAGCGAGUAUUGGAGCAGCAAUAAUGGCUUCAAAUAUAUUUCUUAAAUUAGAAAAUUCUUAUGUUCUUGGAAAUUAGGCCACAAUAUCUGGGGGUGGAAUUCAUUUAUUUGCAAUCAAUAGUGCAUUACUCAUAAAAUAAACAAUAAUUUUAUCUAAUAAAGCAAGUGAAGGAGGAGGUAUUUAUUUAGCAGGGGAUAAUAAGUUAAAUGAUCUAAAUUUUGUUUUGUCGUGUCUGCUUUUUAAUGAUGCUACUUCUUAUGGAAAUAAUCUAGUUGAAACUCCUAAUCACUUAGCUCUUUUUAUUAAUGGCAAAGAAAUGUUGUCACUAUCAUAGAUUCAAAAUAACACUUAAACAAAUAUUAUGAAUUUGAAGCCUUAUAAUAUUAUUUAGUAAGGAAAAAAUAAAAUAUCAAAUACCUUAAUGCUUCCAAGUAAUUAAUAAAUAUAAAGUUAUUUAUUAUAUCAACCAUAAUCUCAAAGAUACUUCACAUAUAUCUCUGACUUUUCCUUGUUUUUUAUGAAUAGCAGAAAUGAAUAAGAUUUCAAAAAAGUCAAUUCAACUUGUCGUAUAAGUUAAUAGAAAAUCUUAAAAGAAAAAUAAUCAAACAAUGGGUAACUAGAGUAAAAAGCCGCAAUAGAAUAUGAUAAUCAAAAUAAUAAUUUUGAUUUAAGUCUACUUUCAUUUUCUUUGGAUCCUUAUUUUGAUACUUAUGACCACUUUCUUAUUUAUUUUAAUUGUUAAACAGGGAAUUCAUAGAAAGAGUUUGGUUAUAUCAUCAAAACUAAAGGUUUUUUAUGUUAAUUAGGAGAAUUUUAUGUUGAUAAUGGAUGUUAGAUAUGUUCAUCUAAUUAAGGAUUUUAUUCUGUCACUUACAAUACAACAAAAUGUUCUGUUUUUGAUAAAACGAAAUUUUUUAGCAUAACUUCAAAUAAAAUAUAACUUUUGGAGGGCUACUGGAGGCCUAAUAUGUUAUCUGAUUCAGUUGAUUAUUGUUUCAAGAAUCCAAAGUUUUGCGAAGGUGGCUGGAAUACAGGCGAUGAAUUAUGUAGUGUAGGGCAUAUUGGAGGUUUAUGUGAAGAAUGUGACACAUAAAAUAUUAGGGGAAGUGGAAAAUUUAUUAAAACAUCGUAAGAUCAGAGUUGCUUAAGUUGCUAUGGAGAUUAGGAUAGCAUACUCCCUUUUAUAUUGACGACAAUCUGGUAAGAGACAUUUUAAUUUUAGGGCCCUACUGUCUAUUAUAUUAUCAUUGAAAAGCAUAAACACGUCUAAUUAAUUGUUUACAUCCUUGAAACUUAGAGAAAGGCAUUUUCUGAUUAUAUUUAAAUUAAGUUAAGGUAUAAAAUUAUCAUAAUUAGAUCAUGAAAGUGUAUUUCUAAAAAUGCUUUUAAAUUAUUUAUGGAUAUAUUCUGUUAUUUUCACUUUUAAUAUUAGCUUUUCAUUUUCAUUUAUUUUUGUUGAUCAAGCUAGUAACACUUCUUAUUUUAUGGCAAACAAUUUAGAUUGUUAUUUAUCCGAUUUAGAAGAAAUUUCUUUAAUUUACUCAAGAAUUAUAACAAUGCUUGUUUUAAUGCUAUUUCAAUUCCUGUUGAUUUAAAAAUUAUCGUUAAUUCAUUUUUAUCUUACUAAAUAGGCGCCUUAAUAGUAAUAUAAUUAUGAUACCAUUUCAAAUACAUUAAUUUACUUAUAUGUAUCUAAUUUUGGGGGAUUAAUUAAAAUGUAAUUAAUUUAUCAAAAAUAGGCUUUGUUCAGUGAUUUCAAAAAGAGAAAUUUCGGAUUUAAGUUUUAUUUAAGGAGAUGUUUCUUUAGAAUUCUGGUCACCAACUCAUUAUAAAUGGAUGAUUGCGUUUAUUUUUCCAGGACUCGGAAUAUUUUGCUUAUUGAUUCCUUUUUCUCUAUUCUCACUAAUGUAUAGAUUGAGAGACUAAUUUGAAUCUAUGAAACUUAGAAGACACAUUUCUUAUUUAUUUAAUGAAUAUGAUGGGAAAAAUUACUUUUGGGAAUUAAUAAAAUUAACCAAAAAAACAAUUAUUAUACUUGUUCUAACUUAUUUUGAAAUUCAAGUUUUGCUAAAGGCUUCUUUACUAGGAUUGUGUUUACUACUUUACCAAUUGCUAGCUGUUGAAUAUAAACCAUACAAUAUUUCAAAGCUUAAUCACUUAGACUUAUAAGCUGGUUAAAUUUGUUCCAUUACAAUUUUCCUUGCUGCUGCUAAAUAUGUAUGCGAGCAACAAAAUAAUUAAGUGUUAUCUAUUUAAUUAUAAAUAGUUAUUAUUAUUCUCUGCAUAAUAUUGUGCUACCCUUUUGUAAAAGGCAUAAUCUUGGCUUAUAAGAAAAAAUACUAUGUUCUCUUACUUGCCUCAUUAAAGAAUCUAUUCAAAAAAAUUAAAUCAAAAUCAAAGUUAGCCAAUCUAUUUAAAUAACUUUGGAAAUAGUAAAAAUCUAAAGAAUCAAGGCUGAAAAAGAAUUUAAUGAAAUUGAAAAACGUAUCUAAAUCUUCAAUAAAAAUGCGAAGGUAACAAUAUUUAUUAAAUUAGAUAAAUUGUUGUAAAUCUUAGGACAACUACAGAAUCUGAUUAAAAUUCAAAAUUAAAAUCAGAAAAAAUGUUAAUUGCAUUCAAACCUGAGAUAUGA